CUUGACUUGUUUUCCACCGGGCUUCAACCACAAUAAUCAGCGCGACGGCCCGGGGAGAGUGCAACUAACAUACAUGUUUAUCAUGUUUAUUUCAACGGUCUCUUCUCGGAGGCGUUCUGCAGGUUCUGUCGGAAUCUCCGCCAGCGGUAAAAGUUGCCUUUUGAGCGUUUGUUGGUGAAAGGGACGGCAGAGACGAGGUGGGCGUGUCCUUUCUUGGGUCUUGUAUAAAAAGCUUGUGAAACCUGUUGGCACCUGGCGACUUUUCACUCUCCUGUCACUCCUUGGAAUACUUCCAGUCUUUGUGUCCUCACCUUUAGACCACCGGAGGAGGGGAGAAAAAAAAAAAGAGCAUUGAUCCUCGCUUUUCUUCCCGGCACUCCACCUGCCGUCUUGCCCGGAAACAAAGAACUCUGCGAAAUUUUAGUUUUCCGUUUUGGGGAUUUUUUUGGGGGGCGGGGGGGGUCAAGAUGAUGCAGGAGGUGUCGGUCACCGUGUCUUGUGACGAGCAGAUGUCGGAGCAGAUGACGGAGGAGGAGAUUCUGGCCAGUCUGGUGGCAGAAACUGGACCCAUCUUUCCGGAGGUGCCGACCAAAAAAGCCAAACUGAAAGAAAGCCGUCUGCAAAUAAUGGAAGACGAGGAAGACCACUUGAACAAAUACCAGCUGGAGAACCGUCGUCUUCAGCAGGCCAGCCUCCGCCUGGAGCAGGAGAACGACAAUCUGGCCCACAAGCUCAUCACCAGCAAGGUGGCCCUCAGGAGCGCCCUGGACAAGGCGGAGGACAAGGUGGACACGCUCACCAGCGACCUCCAGCUGACACGCUGCCGUCUGAAGGCCGUGGAGGAAGAGAAGCAAAGGAUGGACGAUGAAGCGGCCAUGUUGAAGGAGGUGCUGCGGGGGGAGCUGGAAAGGGCGGAGCAGGAGGCCAAAAGGUCGUCGGGCAUCAUUGCGGACUACAAGCAGAUCUGCUCUCAGCUGACAACACGACUGGAAAGACAACAGCAGACACACUCAGAGGAAGUCCAGUCGCUCAAGAGCACGUUGAAGUCGUGUCGCGCUGGAGAGUCGGAGGAAGAAGACGAAGACUACGACAAAAUGUCCAUCACAACACCGUCGCCGGUAGACGGCGUCCUGUCCUUCCCGGGCUGGAACAAGAAACAUGGCGGUCUGAGUGAGGCGGAGCACAGGAGAGAAGAGCAGGAAAAAGCUUCCUUCAAGGCUCAGAUCAGACAACUGGAGAAGGAGCUGGCUCAGACCAAACUACAGAUGGUGCAGGCCAACUGCAGGACCCAGGAGCUGGAGCACGAGAGAGGCAUCCUGGCCAACGACCUCCAGGAAGCCAAGAACAACUGGAUCAGCAAGGCCUUCACCUCGCUGCGUACGUCCGCCGACGGAGCUCCGACGUCAGGCUGGAGCCUCAACACCAGCUCCUUGUCUGGAUGGAAGCUGUCAUGGCCGCACAACAAAGACAGUCAAAAAGACACGAGCUGACGACAACACGCUAACGAACUAAGCUGUAAUAUACGUGAUGUGCACCGGAGCCAACGUGGAUCUUUUUUUUAUAUUUCUAUGAGGGGGAGAAGAGUGUUCGUACUCCGAGAAUGAAGUUGUGAUGUUUUGUACGUCAGCAAUGAUGAUUGUCACGUGAGUGCGGAUACAAGUGAGAACAAUAAAAGUGAGUGGAAAAUUGCUGCCUGUCAAAAA